AUGGAUCCGCUCCCUCCCGUCACUACACGGAAGCAGCAUGGCGGCCAACAGCAGCGGCGGCGGCAGCUCCGACAGGCAGCGGACUGCACGGCAGAGACUCAGCGUGAUUGCCGGGCAUCUGCAGAGACCAGCGGACGGCGACGUGGCCGUCCUCGCCGCGGAGUGCAAAGCCCAGGAGGCGGAUGUGUCCGGCGAGGAGAAGACGGUGCCGAGGAGGAGGCAGGAGAUUAUGAAGUGGAAUGGCUGGGGAUACAGCGACUCAAGAUUCCUCUUCAACAAGAAAGGCCAAGCAGAAUUCACUGGCAAAAGGUAUAGACUGAGUGGGAUGAUCAUCCCGGGUCUCAAAGACUGGUUUGAGAGCACAUUCGGCGCCAGUCUCCAGCACAAAACUCCAGCGACACCCAUUCUGAAUAGCAGUGCUGUGCCGCCUCCCACCUUAAAUGAGGCCUUAGUGGAGGAACUGAAAUCCACAAGUAUUCCCUUCUCUCACGAUGCAGAGGACCGGGUGUUUCGAGCCCACGGCCACUGCCUACAUGAGAUCUUUGCACUACGAGAAGGGAAACUCGGUCGUGUUCCAGAUAUGGUGGUUUGGCCAAACUGUCACAAUGAUGUGGUGAAAAUUGUGGAGCUGGCGUGCAAACACAAUGUUUGUUUGAUACCAUAUGGAGGAGGGACGAGCGUCUCCAGUGCCUUGGAGUGCCCCCGAGAGGAGACUCGAUCCAUUGUCUCCCUGGAUACGUCACAGAUGAACCGCAUUUUGUGGAUUGAUGAGAAAAAUUUAACUGCCCAUGUCGAGGCUGGCAUUGUCGGUCAGGAUCUGGAGAGAUUGCUUAAUGAGAGCGGCUACUGCACGGGGCAUGAGCCGGACUCCAUGGAGUUCAGCUCCCUGGGAGGCUGGGUAGCAACCAGAGCGUCAGGCAUGAAGAAGAACAUCUAUGGAAACAUUGAGGACCUUGUCGUCCAUGUAAAGAUGGUCACCCCGCGAGGCGUGAUUGAGAAGAGCUGUCAGGGGCCGCGCAUGUCCACGGGGCCGGACAUUCACCACUUCAUCAUGGGCUCGGAAGGGACGCUGGGGGUGGUCACUGAAGUGACCAUGAAGAUCCGUCCCAUGCCAGAGUAUCAGAAAUACGGCUCGGUGGUGUUUCCUAAUUUCGAGCAGGGAGUCGCCUGCCUUCGAGAGGUUGCCAAACAGAGGUGUGCUCCAGCAUCUAUACGGCUAAUGGACAACGAGCAGUUCAAAUUUGGUCACGCCCUGAAGCCUCAAGUAUCUUCAAUUUUCACCUCCUUUUUGGACGGGUUGAAGAAAUUCUACAUCACCAAGUUCAAAGGCUUUGACCCCAACCACUUGUGUGUGGCCACCCUGCUGUUCGAGGGAGACCGCGAGAGGGUCCUGCAGCACGAGAAGCAAGUUUACGACAUCGCCGCCAAAUUCGGGGGCCUGGCGGCCGGAGAGGACAAUGGGCAGAGGGGCUACAUGCUGACCUUCGUCAUCGCUUACCUCCGGGACUUGGGGAUGGACUACUAUGUGAUCGGGGAGUCCUUUGAAACCUCUGUGCCUUGGGACAGGGUGUUGGACAUUUGCAGGAACGUAAAGGCCCGCAUCGUUCGAGAGUGUAAAGAUAAAGGAGUGCAGUUUCCACCGUUGUCCACAUGCAGGGUGACUCAGACGUACGACGCCGGUGCCUGCGUUUACUUCUACUUUGCCUUCAACUACCGAGGACUCAGCGAUCCGGUGCAUGUAUAUGAGCAAGUGGAGCAUGCAGCCAGAGAGGAGAUUCUCGCCAACGGGGGGAGCUUGUCACAUCACCACGGAGUGGGGAAACUUCGCAAGGAGUGGAUGAGAGAGACCGUCUCCGAUGUCGGCAUCGGGAUGCUCAAGUCUGUCAAGGACUAUGUGGACCCAAACAACAUCUUCGGCAACAGGAACCUCCUCUAAUGCCCGCCGCCGCCCCGGCCUCGCCUCCUGUCGAAAAGCAUCUCGAGCAUUUUUGGAUUAAUAGCUACUAAAUGUGAAUUUGAAACAAAGACGGAGAUCUUGUCAUCCGGUGCCAUUUAACCAUUCACCCCCACUUUUCUUCUUACUUUAAAUUGCACUUAAUCUGCUGUAACAAUCAUCUUUCACGUCGAAGCUCAUUUUUAUUGUGUCUCAGCCUCGGUUUUAAAGCGGCGACACAAACUAACAAGAUGCGACUAAACUUCUGACUAUUGUUUUUUUUUUGGGUCAAAAAUGUACUUUGGUUUCAGUCGUUCCUGAACAUCCUUGCCAACAAAGACACCAGAGUGUGUUUUCCUGUUCCUCUUUGUGUGUGUAUGUGUGUGUGUGUGUGUGUGUGUGUGUGUGUGUGUGUGUGUAAUGUUUGCGUGGCACUUCUUUAGUGGUAAAAUUCUAAAGCUCUGUGCCUUUUUCUACAAGCUUCUGUCUGCCUUCCCUUCUCCUACUACACACACACACACACACACACGGACAUGAGAGUUUCUCAGUGUCUCCUCUUCGUCCUUUCACGCCUCGUGUUGUUCUGCCCUGAUUGCCAUAACAGACUUGUCCAGAGUGAAUAAGUGUGUGUUUUCAUGUGUGUGUCAUUCGAGCUAACCCUUCCCCAAAACAGUACGGUUUAAAAAAAGAGAGAGAAACUUCCCGUGUGUUUGGUUUUUGUACUGAAAGUGUUUACCUUAUGUGGUUUGUUACUGAGAAGAUGAAGUGUGUGUGUAAUGUGUGUGUGUGUGUGUGUGUGUGUGUGUGUGUGUGUGUGUGUGUAGGGGAUUAAAGCCAUUUCCAUCGUGCUCGUUUCAGCGUGACCAUGUUUGCGAUCGAAGGCCUCUGGAUCCCGGUGCUCGCCUCCUACCAAAGACUCCAUCCGCCGGCUCAUGCAGACAUGCUGUUAACAUGCAUUUGAUAUUCCCGCCGCCUCCCUCCUGUACAUUUUUACUAACUUCCUGCAUAGCUGGACUCUAUAUUUUUUUGAUUAGCGUUAUGCAAAGAUGUGAGAGCUCUGCGGUGUAGAUAUAUAUGUUCGACAUGUGCUGAAACUUUCUAUCACUCCAUUUACAGAUCAAAAACAUGUUAAAAAAAAAAAAAAACACACUUUAUUGAUAUCUCCCUGUCGGAUAAUUGUAUAUUUGGUGUUUUCACCCCGAUUCCC